AUGACGAGGCUUUUUAGCCUUGCAAGAGCCUCGCGGCUCCAUGGCUCUCAUUUCCGGAGGUAUUUUUCAUUUGUUGACGAAAGGAGACUCAAACUCGCCGAACAAAGGCCAAGUGUUCGUGAACUUGACGUUGAUAAAGAGAUUUUAACCGGAGAACGGAGAAGAGAAAUCAGAAGAGCCGAUUUUCUCAAGUUUACAGGCGGUAAACGGCCGCUAAUCUCAUCGCAUCUAAAGGGAAACAUUAUUGCAAUUUUUCUCGGGUCUUGGUGCAUAGUGGCUGGGAUUCUCUGCCUCAAAAUGUUCAAGCCGGAAAGCUACGAGUGGCUAGAAAACGAACGCAAGCGCAUAGAGGCUGCCAAAGAGAAACUCGAACUCAUCAAACAGCUAGAGAGUAAUGCUAAAAACGCUCCCGUCGGGCCUGUGUAA